AUGGCGCCGGCCGACAAGGUAGACAUGUCAAUCGACUACUAUGAACUGUUAGCCAUCCCGCCGACCGCGACCGAAUCCGAGAUUCGUCGCGCGUACAGGAAAACCUCUCUUCUCUACCAUCCUGACAAGGUCAAGCCCACCCCCGAGAACUUAGAUAAAUUUCAGCUCUUGCAGGCUGCGCUAGGCAUCCUCACAGAUCCCGCCGAAAAGACAAAGUAUGAUCAGACCCGUGAGGCCAAGCAAAGGAGACAGGCCGAGACCGCGGCGCUUGAAAGUCGAAGGAGGAAAAUGAAAGAGGAUUUGGAGAAGAGGGAGGGCACUGUUGGCAUGCCCCCAUCGGUCAACGGCGCCAAGAGAACAUGGACUGACAGAGAACUUGAAAUCAAGAGGAUUGCGGAGGAGAACAGGAAGAGGCGUGAGGCGGCUGUCCAGCAAAAGGCACAGGAGGCGCAGGCCAGAGCACAGGCGGAAGAAAAGCCUUCUAAUUCCAUCGCUCGGUCUAUCAAGGUUCGCUGGAUCAAAGAGGGCGAGGGCCUCGACAUCGAUCAGGAUGCUUUAGAGGAGAACUUCCCCAGCGGCGACGUGGAGGAUAUCGUUGUCCUCAAGGACAAGAAAAGACGCCUGGAAGGGAGGGACAAAAAGGUCUUUCUCGGCACCGCUGUCAUCGUGUUUAGGUCGCUCGCUAUUGCAAAGAAGGCCUUAGCCCAAGGUCCAUGGGAGGGCAUCGAGUCGAUUGAAUGGGCUGCAGAAAAAGAGCCUGAUGCAACUUGA